AACAAGCUAAUGUGAAGCUGCCGAGGAAAGAUGGCGGCUUCCCUUUGUUGCUGGGGAUUUACGAUACUCUUAGGGGGGGAUUAAACACGUUUACUGCUCUCUAUUGCACACUUGGGUUUUGUAGUGUCAACCAAAGAGGAGUUUGAGCAGAAUAACAUGGAGAAGUCAGGGAGCAUCGACAGUUUGGGCUCGAAGCAGUCUUCUUCGCGACAGCCGAGUGUUGAUUCAUUGUCCAGCUCUUCCACUUCUCGCUCUGACCGCUCGGCACAGGUUAAACCCCCCUCUGCCAUGUCGUCUGACUCUAUGGCCACCACUGCAGAGUUCUCCCCAGAGAUCAGGGUCAAGCCCAAAAUUCAUACAAAGGUUCUUCGAGAUUCUGAUAAAGAGGAGCCACUCUUACUUCCAAAUGAGACUGUGCAAGAUAUGGCUCAAGACGUCACCUAUUUCUGUCCUUUCACUGGAGCGCUACGCGGAACUGUCACAGUUACCAACUACAGGCUGUUUUUCAAGUGCAUGGACAGGGAUCCCUCUUUUGUGUUGGAUUUGCCCCUUGGCGUUGUGAGUCGUGUGGAGAAGAUUGGCAGCGCAUCCAGCCGCGGUGACGUAUCCUAUGGCCUCGUCUGCAAGGAUAUGCGCAAUCUGCGAUUUGCUCACAAACAAAUGGAUGACACGCUCAGGAAGUCGAUUUUUGAAGUGUUGAUGAAAUUUGCAUUUCCUGUCUCCAAUGGGCUGCAAAUAUUUGCCUUUAAGUAUGGACAAGUGUUUCCUGAGAAUGGAUGGAAGGUGUAUGACGCAGUCUCUGAAUACAAAAGACAGGGCAUUCCCAAUGAAAGCUGGAGGGUUACAAAAGUGAACGACCACUACGAGCUGUGUGACACCUACCCAUCAACUCUGGCAGUCCCUGUCAACAUCCCCGAUGAGGAGCUGAAGCGGGUAGCUGCCUUCCGGGCAAAGGGUAGGAUACCUGUGCUGUCAUGGAUUCAUCCAGAGAGUCAGGCAACAGUGACACGCUGCAGUCAGCCCAUGGUUGGAGUAAACGGGAAGCGUAGCAAGGAGGAUGAAAAAUACCUGCAAGCAAUUAUGGAUGCCAAUGCCCAGUCACAUAAACUCUUUAUUUUUGAUGCUAGGCCAAGUGUCAAUGCUGCUGCUAACAAGAUGAAAGGCGGUGGAUAUGAAAGCGAGGAUGCUUAUCAAAAUGCUGAGUUGGUGUUCUUGGAUAUUCACAACAUCCAUGUAAUGAGAGAGUCACUCCGCAAGCUGAAGGAUAUCGUUUACCCCAACAUUGAGGAUUCUCACUGGCUUUCCAAUCUGGAGUCCACCCACUGGCUUGAGCACAUCAAGUUGAUCCUUGCAGGAGCACUGCGUAUUGCAGACAAGGUAGAAUCUGGCAAAACGUCUGUGGUGGUGCACUGCAGCGACGGCUGGGACAGAACGGCACAGCUCACCUCACUGGCCAUGCUCAUGCUGGACAGUUACUACCGCACAAUUCGCGGCUUCCAGGUGUUGCUCGAGAAAGAAUGGCUGAGCUUUGGCCACCGCUUCCAGCUGCGUAUUGGCCAUGGCGAUAAGAACCACACAGAUGCAGAUCGCUCACCUGUUUUCAUUCAAUUCAUUGACUGUGUCUGGCAGUUGACUCGCCAGUUUCCUGCCGCUUUUGAGUUUAACGAAUACUUCCUGGUGACCAUCUUGGACCAUCUGUACAGCUGCCUGUUUGGUACAUUCCUGUGUAACAGCGAACAGCAGAGGAUGAAGGAAGAGAUUCCAAAAAGGACUGUGUCCUUGUGGUCUUACAUUAACAGCCAGCUGGAGGAGUUCAGCAAUCCUUUGUAUGUAAACUUCUCCAACCAUGUGCUGUUCCCUGUGGUCAGCUUGCGCCACCUGGAGCUCUGGGUGGGCUACUACAUACGUUGGAACCCUCGCAUGAGGCCUCAGGAACCUGUUCAUCAGCGCUACAAGGAACUGCUGGCCAAGCGUGCCGAGCUGCAAAAGAGAGUGGAUGAGCUCCAACGAGAGGUGACCAAUCGUUCGGCAUCCUCUUCCUCUGACAGAGCGGGCUCCCCAACACGAUCCAUCACCCCAGUGCAGACCUUUGUUUGACCACACGUCUGCCUGUUUGAGGUUGGCAUAUAGUCCUCAGAGGGACUUGCAAAGUCUUGUGCACCAAACUGCCUGCGGGUGAAAAAACUGCUAAAAGUUUGACUAAUAAUCUGUGUGCUUCCAACAAUGUGUGUGUGUAAGACAUGUAAGAAUACUUAGAAUGAUUUAUUAUCUUGACUGACCUUUCAUCAGUAUUGAUAUUGUACUACAUAAAAACACUGCUAUUCCACUAUUUUUUAAAAGCAAAACUGCUGAAGCUAUUGUACAUACAUACACUGGCUAAAUUCUAUUUGAGUUCAGUUAUGGAAAUUAGAUGGUUUGUUUUCACAAACAUUCCUUUAGAUUUUGACCAAAUGUAUUGGGGGUUUUUUCAGAGUCCAUAAUGUGUAAUUUAAGGCAUUCCUGUGGCUGAGUGGUUGAGAGUUCUUUAGUUCAUCUUUUCUGGUCAACAUUAUUUAUUAUCUCAUAGUUCAGACAUGGAAUUCAGACAUGGAGUUCCCAUACAACACACACUAGGUCAUUUGUUCUUGAAUGGAGCAACUUGCUCAUAAUUAUGUGUGGAAAAAGUCCUGGUUUGCCCUGCUUUUGUUUUAAAUAUAGAAAACUGUCAGCACAACGUAUUAAUAUGGCUAACUCUAUUUUUUAAAAAUCUGAAUGAACAUAAUAUGUGCCUUGUACCAAAUAAUUAAAACAAGCAACUGUU